GGACCUACAACGUCUGAAGGUCGGGUUAAGCGGAUAUUCGGAUGCGCUCAUUAAGCUUAGUCGAUCGUGUAUUUUUUAAAGAUAUCUAUACCAGCAACUCACGUAAUCUCUGCUUAUACGAUGUGGACAAUGAUGGGGAUAAUGAAUUGAUAAUUGGCUCUUGGGAUUCUGGACCCUUACUGGAAAAUGGAGAAGCCAAUGCAGCAAAUAGUGAGGGUUCCGUCCACGUGCUAAAAUAUAGGAAGGUAUGGAAGGCAUCUUAUCAUCUUGGCAUGGUUUCGUGUGUUACGGCAGGUAGUAUAUACAAACCCGAUGAAACAUGGAUCAUAGCUUUGUGCGCUGAUUCACAUUGCUAUGCAUUUGAUGCUUGUGCUCUCGCUCCAGAAUCUGAAAAUAUUUCAAGUAAAUCUAAACAAAAAGUUAACGUUCAUGGUUCUUCAAAGCCUGAUCAAACUAUCAAAGCAGAAAUUGAUACAUUAAAAAUGGUUCAUCAUCAAGAAUUAGCUUACAAUGCCAAAGAUGUCUGUAUAUUUAAUGAAGGUAAGAUUGAUAGGUUAUGGAAUAAUAUAAAAAAAUGUAUUUUUGAGUUCUUAACCUGUUAAUACUACCUAAGGUUAAUUGUAUUUUCUCUAUGUUAAAUUACUUGGUUGAUGGAUUUAUUACUGGAUUUUUGCCUCUGAUUGUCGUAACAUGGUUCAGUGAUGUAUAGGAUUAGUAAAUUAUAUCGAAAUGCCUUAGAAAUAUUGCUCACAUCAACUAGGAUCAUCGGGUAAGUAAUAGUGAGGUGAGACGCAGGGUAUUAGGAAAUGACUGUAAAUCAGUUGAUGGGGUUGUGAUUCUUCAUCGACUGAGUUGGUUGGACCACGUGCUGCAUAUACCUGAACACCGAUUGCCACGACACGCAAUGCUUACCGGUGUUGGGAAUGGUUGGAAGAAAUUUAGGGGCGGUCAAACCAAAACGUGGCAUCAGUCCAUAAAGCCACUAACUUCUGGUCUGAGCCAUGUUGGUAGAUGCAAAGUACUUGGUUGUGGUCCGUGUGACUAUCGUAACCAAUGGUUGGAUACUCUUGGCGACAUGGUUCAGAAUCAAUCACAAUGGCAUAGGUUUAUACACUCUAUGUCUUCCCUUGAACUAUGGGAUUAAAAUGGCUUCAUAUCUUUCUACGUACUAAUUCUUUCUCCCUGUAUUAUAUCCUUAUAUGCUAUCUUUCUUUUACAUAUUACUACCAUUGACUUAACUAAUUCCAUGAAUCCGGUGUUCAUCUUGCCGUGCUAAUGCGGUAUGGCAACCUGGACCGAUGUAUAUAUGUGCCUGGUCCUACGUUGUAGCUGACUGACUGACUGACGUUCUAAUGCAGUAUGGCAACUUGGACCGAUGCACAUAUGUGCCUGGUCUAACGUUGUAGCUGACUGACAUAUCGAAAUCCUCUUUUGGUGUGUCUUAUGUAUAUUGCUUCAACUAUGGAAGUUAUGUUCGCUUCCCUCUAGGUGAUGGAAGUAUUCCUCACAAGUGUUGCGCAAUGAUCGAGAGUUUCUAGUGUCAAGAUGGUGUUAACGAAUUCAAUCUUCACCUAAAAAAGUUCAAACAACUGGGUUGCAAGUGAAUGUUACACAUAAAUUCUAAGACCAAAAAAAGAAUGCUUUGAAUCUAAAUCUACUUUACUUACUAUCAAGUAUAGUAAUGUAACGUCUUAAUUUGCUACUGCUCUCUAUAUUAAACAUUCAGGUUAGCCAAUAACGUAUAAAUGUCUAGCUUACCUAAUUGGUUCGGUUUAUGCUCCCAUAACCCUCACAUAAUUCACUAUGUAAGUAUGAAAGAUUCAUUGGUAUUUAUGUUUCAAGUUUGUAUCUAGACAAUAAAGAUCUGUAGAUUCAUUUUGAUGAUGGGCUUCAGAAAUAUUAUGACCAAAAAAUAAUCAGAUCUCUCUACUCAUUAAUCUACGAAGAUUUGUAUUAGUCAGAUAAACUAUAUUGACAAAUAAUUCAUAUUCAAAUGACAAUGUUUGUCAUAAGUUCAAACGGAAAGCAGUGUAUUCCGUAGUGACUUAUGCAAUUACCUAAUUUGUUCAUGACUCCAUGUCAAGUAAUACUCUCCCAUACAACGUAAUUUUAUACAAAUCCAGUCCCAUAAUACGAAAGUUAUUCAGUUUACCUCUAAAACCCAGUUCACCUACUUAGUUGUCAUUUGUUAAUGGAAUGCUGGAUUUCAUGAUAUAUUGUUGCCCCAAAAUACGGCCGAGAGUGUGGAUAGUCCACUCACCCUCUUGAAAUGCUCUCACAUGGCCAUGUGCAUACAAUCACUGUCAGAGAAGUCCAACUCAUUACCUUUUCAUGGCAUUGUUGUUCUUUACGAAAUUGAGAGGAUGAAAAGCGAAUGUCCGGCACUUUAACCGGGCUAAUGGACACGGAGAGUCCGCCUAGGGGAGUUGGAAAACCCUGAUUCCAAACCAAUCGUGUACAUGGGCUCCAGGAUCCUGAGGGAACAAAAGGCUUAUGAACCAAUUGUUAGUCGCCGGCUACCAUGGGACUACAUCUCCUGACGUUACUCCACUGCCUUGUGGAUCAGACCAUUAGGUUGAAGGCUUGGGGUGUGGCCCCCUAACAAAACCACCUGCUUCGGUUUGGGCACCAGGACAGUAUCCCACCCCUCACACAAAUCGAAUGAUUUAUGUGGCGCAUAUCUAUUCGAUGCCUCCUUGUAUCAAUGUUUAUGUUUAAAUAAUAUAUUAUUAUCAUAUCAAACGGAACUCCAGACAACUCAUCACUAACACUACUCAUUGUACAAUGUAUUCAAUUCACCAACAAGCGUUUUUACACAUCAUUUUACAGAUUCAUGCAUUGUUGAGAACUAAUCUAAUAUUCUGUAUCCAACUUUCAAAUAUCGAUGAGUUGAUCAUUUCGUUCUUCAAACGUUUAACUAACUGAUUCGGAUAGUACGUUUAACGAUGCAGUAUUCGCGACGUACUGAGAUUCAAGUAACAUAAAUUUGUAGUCUAGGUCAUCAAGUAAAGUCGGAGUUGCUCUAUGACAGUUUGUCAGAGCUGACCAUUGUCUUUAACGUUCGAAACCAAAACUUAUAAAUUCAUUGACAUACAUCCUAAUGUUGGGUUGCUUAUUGAAUUUUACUGAAAUAUACCCAUUCCAUUCACUUGUGAAUUGAUACGUGCCAUACUUGACAUGACAGUAUGACUUUUUAUUUUUUUUUAAAAGUAAAUGAUUUCAGUCUGUAGACUGAGCCCAUAGCUAUUCCGUCUAUUUGUCUAUAAUAAGUAUUGUUGAGAACAAAAUGGACAUUCAGCAUACAUCUUAAGAGCAGCAAGGCUCACCUCUAGGCCCGAUUCUAGCUGAUCUCUUCCUAGCAAAGCGAAAAAAUGGACCACUGAAUGAGGCUAUUAAAAAGAUUGAUCUAUAUUGCCGUUACAUCGACGACACAUUCAUUAUCAUAGGUCGGAACACCAGUAAGGAAAAACUCCUAGAACAAUUCGACAGUGUACACCCGGUGAUCAGUUUCACUGGUGAAGGCGAGUGUGACAAAAAGCUGAAUUUCCUUGACAUCACACUAAGCAGGCGAAGUGAUGGUUCGUUAAAUAGAAGCGUAUACAGAAAAAGUCCCUCUGUCUGUCAGUAUACUCACUUCUAUAGUUUUACACCUAUCCGUUACAAGAGAAAUUUGGUUAGAUGUCUCACUAGCAGAGCAAAAACGAUCUGCCCAGUAGAUACUUUAAGUCAGGAGCUGGAAUUUAUCAACUCACUGACCGAGAUCGGCUACCCCAGUGUGUUCAUUAAGAAGUGCAUGUAUAAUAUAAAAAAAGUCGGAGAUUUCGACUGUUCGAAAGAAGCCUCUAUAUAUGAAACUGCAAUUCGACGGGGAUGUGGCUAGUGAUAGUCUGAAAGAUAGGCUAGCGAAAGCAAUUAGCAGGACAUUCUACGCAGCCAAUAUUGCGUUGACUUUCUCGAGUCGACCAGCGAUUUCUACGUGAGUUGGCCUCAUCAAUGUGCAUUUACCUAUUCAGCUGCUCCUGUGGAGAUAACUAUAUCGGGUGUACUAUCAGGCAACUUAAACAACGAAUGAGUGAACAUCUCCCAGCUUGGUUUAUGAAGGGCCAUAUAAAAACAAUACGUAGUUCUAUCUUGGCAUAUCUAAUUGAUAGUGGUCAUAAUGUAGAUAAAUCGGAAUCAUUUCGAGUGAUCUAUUGUAAAAUUUCUCCUUUGUUUCUUUUUCUUAUUUUAGGAGAAAUUGCAGUAGCUCAUUCUGAUCGUGUUGUUCGAUUAUAUUCAUGGUGUUCAUUUAAACCAACUGAUGAUAAAUCUAAAACAUCAAAUAAAGUAUCAAAUUUAGGAGAAUUUAUCCUACUAAUAAAAUGGGAAUUAGCUGGUCAGGUAGAUUGUUUAUACAAAUGUGAUUGUUUAAUUUUGUUUAAAAUGGGACAAUUGACUUUCUCGGAGCAUAGGUAUCCUCUUACCCGAUGCUCGACUAUAAUUAUAUUUCUCGAUAUUGUAGUGGUGUUCUACUCUGUUAAGUGUGAGAUUUCAUAGUCGUAUUUCUCAUUAAAAGCUUAACUGGAAAAGUGCGUAAACCUUUUGAAUCCUCCUUAAUUAAACAUUAUUAGUCUGAUCAGUGCUUAUAGUUUACCGUUAUCAGAACCUUUAACUUCAAGUGAUGUUCUUCAAGAUUUACCACUAUCUCCCUUUUUAUUUGACUUCAUUAUAGAUAUCUUCUCAAAAAUCACACUUUCUUCAUCUAACUUUCCAGCUAUUAAUCAUUCACCUUACUUACUCGUCGUGGAGGACCAUAGGCCGCUCACCAGCACUCUCCAUCCAAUUCUGUCCUGGGCAAUCCUUUCCAGCUCUUUCCAGUUGUUAUUCAUACCUUUCAUAUCUGCUUCUAUUUCCCGACGUAAUGUUUUCUUUGGCCUUCCUCUUUUCCGCUUCCCUUCAGGGACUCCAUAGUGUCGAAAAAAUUUUCUAUAAUGUUCUUCUAUCUACACUGUCAAACGCCUCGUAAUCAAUGAAGUUGAUUUAUAGUGACGAGUUCCACUCAAAUGAUUGUUCGACGAUGAUCCGUAGUGUCGCAAUUUGGUCUGUGCACGACCGAUCCUUACGGCCACCAGCCUGUUGAUCUCGAAGUUGGGCGUCUGCUGUCUUUCAUCCGGUCCAGCAACACUCUAUUGAAGGCUUUCCCUGGCACUGACAGUAGUGUGAUGCCUCUGUAGUUUUCACAUUUGCUCAGAUCUCCUUUCUUUGGAAUCUUGAUGAGGUGUCCUUCUUUCCAGUCCAUCGGCACUUUUUCCUGCUCCCAAAUCUUUCACCAUCCCCCCCUGGAAACUCAUUAAUCGACAUCGAAUACUUCCGGGUAACAUUUCUCAUCAUCAUCAUACUAGAUUGUGUCUGAAAUAUCGGUAAGAUUUCAAGAAGCUUGGUCAGUGUCUCCCAAUAUGUACUAAUUAUGGCGUAGGCGAUUAUCCUGACCAAUGGUUUGAAAUUUAGGGUGAUGUGGCUCAAAACCAAUCACAGUAACAUAGGUAAAUUCGCUCUUUAUUCACCUCUUUCAUAUAUACUUUCUUUUCAUUCCAUCUUCUAGAACCAUAUUUCCAGUGUUAGUUUUUCUCAUUGUCACUACUAAUACAAUUAUUUUAAUCUCUUCCCUGUUUAUUUUGUAAAUUUUUACCCUUUUUACUGAUGAUGUAUGACAAUUUAGACUAAGAUGCAUUUGUUCUAGGCUCUUUAUGAACUGCGACUGAACAAUUUAAUCAAUCAGAACUUUGCGGUAUCUUGAAAUCAUUGGUCAGAUGCUGAUUAGCAAUUAAAGCAAAUUAAUAUUGACAGGAGAUAGAUAGUUCACAGCCGUCAGUGGAAUCCAUAAUGCGGAUUUCAUCAGCUGUAUUCACUUGAAUCCCUGUGAUGUUCAUACUGAUGCAAUUAAAAAAAGACUCAAUUAAAUAAAUUCAAAAUGUGCCUUACGAACUCUCCAAAUACACAUGUUAUCCUGAAACGGCACAUUCCAUAGAGAUCACCAUAAUAAAAAUAUUAUCAGAAUGGAGUCCUAUGGAUAUUGUAGUAGUUUUUAAUAGUUGAAUACAAGAGUCGAUUAAAGCGAGACUGAGACCAAAGGUCCUGGGUUCGAGUUCGCGUGCAGGAUCGUGGAUGCACACUGCUAAGGAGUCCCAUACUAGAACGAAAUGGUCGUCCAGUGUUUCCGGGCUUUUCAUGGUGGUCUAGCCUUAAUCGACUCAUAAAUUCAACUAUGAAAAGUAACAAGAAUAGUUUACGAUUUCCACAAAAUAAAACCGAAGCUUCAAGUAGACUAACAUGGAUCCAUGAUAUUUCAUUAUAUUAUUACUAGCUGCCUGAAAUGAAAAUAUGAUACUUUCAUAGUAAAUGAAGUUGUUGAAAGACAAAAUUGUUUUUCGUUUAACUCUAUCGUUAUUUUGCUUAAUGAUGUAGGUAACGUAAGUUUGCAAAAGCCAAACGAGCUUUCUGAAUCUAUGCACAGAUUUUGUCAGACACCAACCCAUUUGGGCUGACCACUUCACUUAUCUUAGAAGUCUGAUCAGCCCUAAUCGGUUGGUUUCUGAUGAAAUCUCAGCACGGACUCAGAAAACUCGUUUGGCUUUUGCCAACUUACGUCACCUAUGGCGAAGGCGAGAUAUCCGUCUAUCAAUUAAGAAGUGAAUAUACUGUGCAGAAGUUCGUUCCGUUUUACUUUACGGCUGUGAAACGUGACCAUUAAGGAUAGAAGAUACUCGUAGGCUACUAGUAUUUGACCACAGAUGCCUUACAAAUAUUGCUAUGAUCACCAAGUAAGUAAUAGUGAGGUGAGACGCAGGGUACUAGCGAAUGAUGGUAAAUCAGUUGAUGAGGUUGUGAAUAUUCAUCGACUGAGAUGGUUGGACCACGUGCUGCGUAUGCUUGAACACCGAGUACCACGACGCUCAAUGCCCAUCGGUGUUGGGUAUGGUUGGGGUGGUCAAACCAAAACGUGGCAUCAGUCCAUAAAGUCACUAACUUGUGGUUUGAGCCAUGUUGUUAGAUACAGACUAAUUGGUUGCGGUCCGUGUGACUAUCGUAACCAGUUAUUGGAGAUUCAGUCAGUCAGUAACAACGUAGAACUUCGUACGUACGUACAUCAGUUCGAGUUGCCACACCACAUUAGCAUAGAGAUGCAAUGGUCGACUCAAAUCCCGUAGUAGUAGUAGUAGUAGAGGUAAUAAGAGUAUAAGCAGUGGUCGGGAAGAUUAGUGUUUGGAGAUGUUACUUAAAGAGUAUAAUACAGUGAAAUAAAUUGGAGAGGAGAAAAAAAAGAGACAAGGAGGAAUAAGGAGAUCAAAAUUUGGGAGAACACAAAGAGUGUAUGCACCUGCGCCAUUGCAAACGAUUUUGAGCCAUGUCAUUCAGGGUCUCUAACCAUCGGUUGCCAUCAUCUCGCGGUCCCCAAUCAGGUAGUCUACACCUACCGACAUGACUCAGACCACUUGUCAGAUUCUUGGUGACAUGACUCUAAAUCGAUCACAAUGGCGUAGGUGUAUACACUCUAUGCCUUCCCUUAAACUACGGGAUUUAAAUGGCUUCAUAUCUUUCUACGUACUAAUUCUUUCUUCCUGUAUUAUAUCCUUAUAUGCUAUCUUUCUUUUACAUAUCACACCAUUGACUUAACUACUUCUAUUAAUUCGGUUUUCACCUUGCCGUGCUAAUGCGGUAUGGCUACUUGAACCGAUGCAUAUAUGUGCCUUGUCCUACGUUGUAGCCGACUGACUGAUGAUGAUAUAGUGCAUUUUUCGUUCUUUUAAAGAGAUGAAAUUACUUAAAUUUUAACGUAAACUACGUAUGUUGCGAUCAUGUAUCAAAUAUAAUAAGAAUUCAAACGAAGUUCAUAAACGUUAUGGAAUAAAUAGAACAUGUCUGACAGUUGGAUUUGAGUAGCGCCUGUUUCGUUCUGUGCUCGAACCCUUACUAAAGUUUUUUUUAAAAAAAGGUAGUCGAAUUAAAUGUGAAUUUUAUGUUCAAAUUAAAAAGAACAACUAAAAAAUCAAUUAUGGCCGUAACAAAAAGCUACAACUUAAAAAUAUAUAUAUUUGUAAUAUAAUAAUAGAAUUCAUGAGUCAACUGAAGCUAGACCAUCAUGGGAAACCUGGAAGCCCUGGACGGCUGUUUCAUCUUAGUAUGGGAUUCCUCAGCAGUGCGUAUCCACGAUUCCGCCUUGCGGGAUUCGUACCCGGGACCUAUCAGUCUUGCACGCAAGCGUUUAACCUCUAGACCACUGAGCCAUUUUCCAUGGUGGUCUAGCUUCAAUUGACUCAUGUAAUCAAUUAUUAAAUUGCUAUAAUAUCCACAAAACCCCUCUUCGAUUAUAUUUGUAAUAUCCCAAUAAGUUUCGUGACUCAGUGUAAGCCACUUCUUCAGAGGAUAAGUAGCCAAAUCAGAAUUAAUCCAAGUUUAAACAGUACAAAGAAACAAAACAAGAGCAUGAUGUGCGAUCAAUCAAAAAAGCAGGUCUGAACAAGUCAAUGUCAUGUCAUUUCGAUUAAGGUCAUUUAUAAGCGACAUGUAUGUAAAUGUAUGUGUAUGUAUACAAGGUCAGGGAUUUAAAAUUGUGACCUUUGUGGUGCGAAACGGUAGAGUUUAAUUUGUAUGUACGAUAAUAGUGUGAAGUGUGAAUGAUAUCAGACAUGGUAGCUUGGGUAGAUAGUUCAAGUCAGAUGUAUAGUUAGGCCUUCUUUUGUAUUGAGAGCAGUAGGAUUGAGCAUUAUAUGGAAAGCUUCAGCUACUCUCCUUUAAUUGUAGUUAGGAAAACUUUUUUGUAUCCAUGUAUCCAUGAAACAUUGAAUGGUUGUGGGUAAUCGACAAGAUACCCUAAACAAAGAUUUCGUGCUAGUUGACAUUCUUCAAAACAACUAUGAACCAAUGUCAAAGUGAGAAUCUUCAAUACUAAAGUGAAAACAGUCCGACUGUGUGGAGCUGAAACGUGGAGAACUACUACAAACAUCAUCAAAUAGGUACAAGUAUUUAUAAACAAUUGUUUACGCCAGAUACUCAAUAUCCAUUGUCUGGGUACCAUUAGCAACAGACUACUGUGGGAGAUGACAAACUAGCUUCCAUCUAAAGAGGAAAUUAGGAAAAAACGUUGAAAGUGGAUAGGAAAUACAUUACGAAAAUCACCAAACUGCACCACGUAGCAAGCGUUAACUUGGAAUCCUGAAGAGAAACGGAAAAAAGUAAGGCCAGAGAACACACUACGCCGGUAAUUGGAAGAAGACAUGAAAAGGGUGAAUAGCAACUGGAAAGGAUUGCUCAGGACGGAGUUGGAUGGAGAGUGCUGGUGGGCAACCUAUGCUCCUCCACGUGGGGUAAUAAGCCUAAGUAAGUAAGUUUGGCAUUCUACAGUAAACUGUACUACUACUUUUAAUCAUGAGUGAACUAGUACUUGAUGUGAGACACAAUAUUGUGCAAUACUGAACCUUUGCUUAUUGGUCUAUGCGUUGUAUGUGUAUACAUACUUCCCAAGAUGUUGAUAACAGUAAUAAUAAUAAUAUUAUUAUUACUCUUGCUUAAAAUUACCUUCAGGUCAACCGAAUCGACACAUGCCUAACACAGGAAUAUGGUCUUAUUGUAAGUAUUGACUUUUUUACCUGGUAACAUGUUUGUUACGUAAUCACAUUUGUAAUCUCUUGGUAUACGAAUGAAUACUAUCUCUCUGCCUAUAUAUAACCCUAAUAUCUCACUUUCGGGUUGUGUGUUACCUUCGAUAACAUCGGUAGCUCGUAUGAUGUAUUCAUUAAACAAUAUAAGUUGCCUUCUGUGACUGUAAAUUUUGAUCAACCUUUGUAGUUAAUAUAUGUAUUACGCAUGGUGUUGGUCAUCUUCUACCUUGAUAAAUUAUUCUCGAUAGGACAGGAAUAGAUUGAAAAUAAGUAAGUACCAGCAAACUAAGACGUGAAAUCAAUCCAUGAUACUAUUCACUGUUGAAAUGAAUUUUUUCGGGAUAUGUAGGCUACUUGCUAGUUAGGAUGUUUGCUAGCUCUAGGUUAUCUAUCCACUCAUUCGAGAACCUUACCCAGGAUCUUCGGUCUUGCGAGAAAACGCCUAACCUCUAGGUCACUGAGCCUGGAUCCAACGAUGUAUACGUAUAACUGUAAUCAAUUCAAAAUAUUGUGCUACCAUCUCCCAUUGUCCUCGGUACCAUCAUUACGAAAAUAUGUCUAUGGUGUUCAUCACAUCAGUGUACAUUUCUAAAAAACACUUCCUGAAAUAUCUACAUCGAGUUUAUUUACAAAACAGACGAUACAGACAGCACAGCUGGUUCCAGAACCAUAGUUGUAGACAACAGUCGAAAUGAUGACUAAGAACACAAAAAUUGUGGUGAGUGGAUGCGUCGCUCAAUUUUGUGGAUUAGUUGAAAUUAGAUAUUAAUACUGUUGGAUGCCGACCCAGUGAUUUAGUGAUUAAGCGCUCGCGCGCGAGACUGAUAGGUCUUUGGUUUGAAUCUCGCAAGAUGGGAUCGUGGAUGCGCACUGCUGAGAAGUCCCACAAUAGGAUAGAACGGCUGCCCAGUGCAUUCAGAUUUUCCAUGAUGGUCUAGCGUCAAUUGACUCAUGAAAAUAUGUUACACACUGUGCUCAAAAAUUUAUCGAAAUCAAGUUGAGUACUGAAAAUUAUUGAGUAGUAUAAUUUAAUGCACAAAAAGGAUUAUGUAGGAAAGAAAGAUUAGCAACAUCCAUUUAGUAGACGGAAUACGCUUGAAAAGUUACAACACAAUUACUGGUCAUGAAUACGUUGUGAAUAAUCUCAACCUUUCGAAACACUUGCAAUUAGUUUGUCUGUAAUUAGUUUUUCUCAUAAAGUUAUUGUCAACAAAAUUGCAUUAUUCAUAUAUGAUACGUAAUUAUUAUCUUCUUUUUGUUUCAAUUACAAGCUUAUUGCUUCACAGCCAAGUGGAGGAUUUGCACAUUUACAUCGAAAAUUUGAAAAAUAUCACGAUAUAGUUGCACCAACAUUAACCUAUUAUCCUCCACGUGUAACAAGUUCUAAUAAUUUAGAAACACGUACAUGGCUUAUUGGCAAUGUGAAACAUUCAAAUUGUCAUAAUAAUAAUACUACUACAACUAUUAACUCAAAUAAGACAUCAUGUUUACUUUGUUUAUGUACGGCUGAUGGAAAUAUGCGACUUGUCGAUCCAACAAUACAUGGUAAUGAUAAUGAUGAAUUAAUUAUAUGGUCAAUUCAAGUGCAUACACGUAGUGAAUUAUUUGCUUUGUGUAAAAUGAAAUUAACUGUAAGUUCUUAUUUUCAUACUACUAUAUAUAUAUAUAUGUAGAGAGAGAAAGUUUGGUACCUUACUAUUGGGGUUGUACAGUAUAUCUACUUUGUGUUCGUGUAGUUAUCUAUGCAUUAAGUGAAGUUGGUGUUAUUAAGUUGAAUUCUCUAAGCCAGAUAGUUUAAACUCCAAAUCUCCGUUGUCGUUUUGGAUAACACCAUUGACGAUUACUUAUUCUGGAAGUUUAAAACUGUUACACGAUGGAGUAAAAUAUAAGUCCUUAACUCCAUGAAUUAGACCUCCGCUUCCUUGUAGUAUAUAUAAUAUACAUUGAAUUAUGUGACACAUAUUUAGGAAAGCACUUAACUUCAUUACAAGUCAAGCGCUCACUUGGAAUCCUCAAGACCAAAGGAAAAGAGGAAGACUAAAGAACAUAUUACGUCGAGAAAUGGAGACAGAUAUGAGAAGAAUGAAAAAUAAUUGGAUAGAACUAGAAAGGAAAGGCCAGAAUAGAGUGGGUUGGAGAAUACUGGUCGGCGGCCUAUGCUACGUUGGGAGACAUUUAUACUCUAAGGGAGUAAGUGAUUACCUAUUAGAAGUACUUCACAGAAGUAGGAUAAAAUUGAAUUCAAACGACUUAUGUAUAACAUAGUUUACUUAUCAGUAAGUAACAUAUUACUAUUUAAAGCAUUCAACUAUCAAUCACUGGAUCCUGUUAGUUCAGAACUUGUCUUAUCCUUAUUCUGAUCGGUUAGUUAAACAGAUAAGCAAUAGAUAUGGGAAAUCAUGACUCAAGAUCAAGUACACCAAAUUAUCCUUAAUGACUAAUCUAUAUGUAUAAUUUUGUAACUCUCUUAUUUUCUCUUCUCUAUAUUAUUAGAAAGAUGAUGGUGAUCAAUUAGUUGUUUGUUCAUGGGAUGGUACUACAUAUAUAUUUGAUAUAAAUAAUAAUUCAUUAUGUUUUCCAUUAGGACGUUCAUGUCAAGCAUUUACAGCUGGUUUAUAUGCUAUAGAACCUGGUCGAAAUUCACCUGUAUUAAUCUAUUCAACAUUUGAUCGUAAUACAUUAAUUUAUUAUAAUUUAUGCUUAAAUAAUGUUGCUGCACAAAGUUUACAUAGUACAAUAUUAAAUGAUCAUAUAUUAGUGAAGAAAUUCCAAUCAAAAAAUGUUGAUCCAUAUGACCCUGCACAAUUAUCCAAAGCACUUCAUUAUAUCCUAUACGAUUUACCUAAACAAGAAACUCAUCCAUUACAAUGAGCUCAGUUGGGAACAUCCAAAUAUUUUUUGGUUCAAGU